ACCGGAAACUUAUUAAUAUAAGAAUAUAAACCCAGAUCAUAUGAUGUUGAAAAUCAUUUCCUUUCUAAGAAUCCAUGCAGACAAGAUUGGCUUCGUUUUUCGACAAAGUUAUUGAAAUUGUUUUACAGAUAUGAACAAGAUGUUUCGCGUUUUUUGUUUGCUGUUGUUUCUACAUAAUGCUCGGCUUUUCUUUGGACACGACCUCUUUCUUCAUCGAAGUUGUCAUUAAUCAGAACGUCUUUGUUUCUUACAGUUUUAGGUACACGCCUGAUGACAGUUCAAGGAUGGUGUUCAUGGUCGCAAUUUCGAUGUAACGAUGGCUAUAGGUGUAUUUCUCGUUACUAUGUAUGUGAUGGUUAUCCUCAUUGCUGGGAUGGCAGUGAUGAAUGGUCCUGUUAUUCUUCCUCAAGUUUAAAAACUUUAGUGUCGUCUAUUCGUCCUUCCCCAACAUCAACUGUUGAAGUGAGCGCCCCACCAUCUACGUCUGUUUACACAUGGCGUCCGUGGUGUUCAUGGUUGCAAUUUCGAUGUAACCAUGGCUAUAGAUGUAUUUCUCGUUACUAUGUAUGUGAUGGUUAUCCUGAUUGUUGGGAUGGCAGUGAUGAAUGGUCCUGUUCUCAAUCCUCAAAUUCCCAAGUUUUAGCUUCAAGUGUUCAUCCUUCUCCAACGUCAUCUGGUGAAGUCAUGUCAACAAUAAGACAGUGUUACUAUUGGCAAUUUCGAUGUAACGAUGGCUAUAGGUGUAUAGAUAACUAUUAUGUGUGUGAUGGUUAUCGUCAUUGUCGGGAUGGCAGCGAUGAAUGGUCCUGUUAUUCUUCCUCAAGUUCAAAAACUUUGGUGUCGUCUAUUCGUCCUUCCCCAACAUCAACUGUUGAAGUGAGCGCCCCACCAUCUACGUCUGUUUACACAUGGCGUCCGUGGUGCUCAUGGUGGCAAUUUCGAUGUAACGAUGGCUAUAGGUGUAUUUCUCGUUACUAUGUAUGUGAUGGUUAUUCUCAGUGUUGGGAUGGCAGUGAUGAAUGGUCCUGUUCUCAAUCCUCAAAUUCCCAGGUUUUAGCUUCAAGUGUUCAUCCUUCUCCAACGUCAUCUGGUGAAGUCAUGUCAACAAUAAGACAGUGUUACUUUUGGCAAUUUCGAUGUAACGAUGGCUAUAGGUGUAUAGAUAACUAUUAUGUGUGUGAUGGUUAUCGUCAUUGUUGGGAUGGCAGUGAUGAAUGGUCCUGUUAUAAUUUCUCGAGUUCAAUAAUUUCGGUUUCGUCUAUUCGUCCUUCCUCAACAUUAACUGUUAUACCGCCAUCAGCCGCUGACACAUCUAUGGCUCAAGGUAAUUCAACUCAAAAGUGCAAACACAAACUGGAUCUUGGUUUUAUUUUGGAUAGCUCUGGUAGUGUUGGCCAAAGCAACUUCAGAAGAAUGAAAAACUUUGUCAAAGAUUUGACAAAUUUUUACAACAUUGGUGUUCACGAGACUCGUGUAUCAGUCUUGACGUUUGCUUCGUCUUCUCGUAUAAAUAUCCGCUUCGAUCAAUUUUCUAACAAAAGGUUUUUUGACGCAGCAGUUGAUAACAUUUAUUACACUGAUGGUUCAACUUAUACCGCUUCAGCGUUAUACCUGGCUUAUAACAAGAUGUACACAUCUGCUUACGGUGCUAGGAGUGCUGAAUUCAAGAAGGUGUUAGUGAUUUUGACCGACGGCCAAAGUGAAGGAAAUGUUAAUAAUCCCACAAGGCUAUUGAAGAACAGUGGUAUUGUGAUCUUUAGUGUCGGCAUUGGACUUAGUAUAAACAAACAAGAACUAGAGGAUAUGGCUUCAGAUCCACCUGAAGAGCACGUAGUCAUGUUGAACAGUUUUACUCAACUGUCUAAACUUUCUUCUAAAUUGUCAUCAAGGACUUGUAACGCUUCUAGUUUCCUGUUGAUAUGUGGUUCUCAGUACAUGACAGCGAUUAUCAAGCGUAGUGAGAUUUCUGGCAAUAUCAACACACUCUACCUUCGAGAUGGUCAUUGCAAAGCGAGCUGGAAUUCAACACAUAUCGUUGUAAAAACUCCCUUACAUGGUUGUGGCACAGAGGUCGUAGAAACAUAUCAAUAUAUAAUCUACACGAAUGUCAUAUCUCAUCUUGGUGCUUCUGAGAACUACAACGGAGAUGACGUGAUAACACGUUCUUACCUAAAUGCUAAAAUGAUUUGCACUUAUCCUCGCAAGCGUCGUGUUGGUGUGCUAAGCUUUGAACCAGCAAAGGAAAAUAUAUUUAUCAGCAGCAGAAGUGAAGGCAAUUUUUCUCUAACCUUGGACGUUUUUAAGAAUAGCGACUACCGUGAGCGUUACACAUCACAAGAUUAUCCUAUCUUAAUGGCUCUUUCCAAAAACCUCUACAUUCAAUACUCCGUCAAUAUACGCAAUUUAAGCGUACGCGCCGAGAAAUGUCGUGCUACACCAAGUAAUAGACCAUACGAAAGCAUCUAUUAUGACUUCAUUGUGGACGGUUGUGACAAAGAUGAAACCAUCAGACAUUACACAGAAUGGUACAGUUCGAUUCAGCGUUUCAGUAUCCAGGCGUUCCGUUUCCUUACCAGUCAUCGAUUUGUCUAUAUACACUGUGAUCUUGUUGUUUGCUCAAAUGUUGGAAGCUACAACUCCACCUGCGCCCGCAAUCGUACGUGUUCUUCACGUACACGUCGUGAUGUAGAGGAAAAACAGAAAGAUGUGACGGGUCUUUAUCAGUUGUCGUUUGGUCCACUGAUGCACGAAAAAAAGUCCUUUGAACAAAAGUCUGUUGAGGAAAAAAGUACAGUAAACAUCACUUUGUUGGGCUCUUUGAUCGUUUUUGGCUGUCUCACAGUUGCUCUAGCUGCUGCAUUGGUUUAUAUGUUAAGACGAUCACAUGUUCGUAAAUCUGACGCUUUAGUGGCUCGUGCUGACAUCAAGGAUGAAAUGGAGAUGCAAAAUUUCCGUUUUAAUGCUGAAAGUCAUAGUGAAAUCGUGAAAUGCUAAUUUUCUUUUUUGUCACAUUUAUGAUGCAAUCUUUUUCUUUUUGCUCAGAUUAUAUUAUUUGAGGUGUUUUCGAAAUGAUUUUUAGAAAUGAUUUAAUCGUUCUUUUCUUUUUCAAGGUAUUAGAGAGUAAUGUGAGUUAACUUUCACCAACCUAUUUUAUACUCAAAUCAUGAACUGUAAUCAUCAGGCAAUACAUUUUUAUUACUAUGCA